AUGGGAGAACUACAGCAAUUCGAAGAAUUUGUGUCGCAAAUCGCAAAACCAGAACGAACAAUCAAGUGCAUUCCGGAUGGGAUUGGCUUUGCACUGUUUGCCACAAUAUGUGAUCUUCCCGGAGCGCCGGAUGAUGCGAAACAGAGGUUACAGUCGCCAGUGUCGCAGCUUCGACAAGCUACGUUGAGUGUUGAAGAACAGAUAAAAAAUACUGCAAUUAUUGUACGGAUUCUACUUGACCAAUCGACCAGUUUUGUAACACUGGAACAGUAUUCUUGGUUCGUGCGAAUGACGAUUGCAGCAAAACUGUUGAAGCCAUUACCGAUGAAAGUGGCUACGUUGGUGAGGAAGCUUGAUGAUGCUCUGGGAAGCAUUGAUCUGGUUGAAUGCAAUCAUUCUCCACGUGUGGUUGAGACCUUGGUGAGGAGCUUGAUAGAGGAUAUUCCCCUGGAUGGUGGCAAUUUGCUUCAUACAAUCACAAUGCUAGCAACAGCAAACUGCCCUGUGCUGUAUUACACAGCAGUGGUAUUGAUUUUUAUUGGGCUUGAUGCGAUAACGCAUUCUGGAAAGCCCACGAAAUCAUACCACUUGCAGGGAGCGAGUAAAUUCCUUGAUCAAUUGGAAAUUUGUAAUCUACAGUAUCUGCAGCAACAGCGUACCAAUUUGCAAACCAUCUACCAGCUGUUGAAGCUUCUCAGUCUCUACCAAAACUUGGUCAUCAUGCGUCACGUGGGCAAAUCGCUGGAAGAUCUUGCACAGGAUCAUAAAGAUUUCGCCGACUUCUUCCAUGUGACGAACGUACAGAUAAAGACGUUUCGCAAUUGGUUGGACAACGCGAGCGCGAUUGUACAACCUUUCGGAAAAGAUCAGGAAAAUGAUUAUUUGUUUUUAGCCGAUUUGUUACAAGUAGAUAUGAUUCCUUUAUUCUACGACUUGAGUCCAGAUGACGAUAUAGUGUGA